AUGAAUUAUGCUCACAUGCACAUUGAGCUGCAGAUGGAUCCAUAUGUAAUUUUUUGCCGGUGCAAUAUGGGGAUAAUGUUACGGUUACGUUCAAAUUCGUCUAAAAACAAAAAUAGAAUGUACUACUGCUGUACAAAAUCAAAGAAAUUGGAAAAUGGGAGCUGGGAUUGGGGUUGCAACUUCUUUUUGUGGGAGGAUGAACUCAGGCGUUGUUCGUGCGGUGAUGGUAUGUGUGCUCUUGUACGAUACAAUAAGGAGGACGUGGAAGUGUGCUCCCUGCAGGGUUGUUCACUAGCUGGUAAGAGUCCUCGUACGUUUGCAAGAGGGGAAGGUUCUUCUAGAGAGUGCCAAAGGUGCAAAGUUUUAUCAAUCAAAAUCAAGAUUUUGGAAGCCAAGUUGGAGGUUGCUCGAUCUCCGGAGAAGCAUGCCAACACAUCAUCUGCCAUUUUAUUCGAUGCUUUGGAAGAGGUGUCUGACGCGGUGGAGGGACUAUCGCUGGACCAUUAA